CCAGAAUCUGCUGCUGUGAAUGAAUUCCAGAAAAAGUUCAAAUUAAACCUGAUGAAGAAGUUUGAGUGUUUGAAUGGAGUGAUAAUAAACCUGGGAAACCAAACACUCCUGAAUGAGAUCUACACAGAGCUCUACAUCACAGAGGGAGAUAGUGGAGAAGUCAAUAAAGAACAUGAGGUGAGACAGAUCGAGGCAGCAUCCAGGAGAACAACAACAGAGGAAACACCAAUCAAAUGCAACGACAUCUUUAAACCCUUAUCUGAACAAGACGAACCCAUCAGAACUGUGCUGACAAAGGGAGUCGCAGGCAUCGGAAAAACAGUCUCUGUGCAGACGUUCAUUCUGGACUGGGCUGAAGGGAAAGCAAAUCAGGACAUCCACCUCAUAUUUCCACUUCCUUUCAGAGAGCUGAAUCUGAUGAAGGACCAGAGUCUGAUGGAGCUCCUUCAUGUCUGUUUUAAUGAAACAAAAGAAACAGAAAUGUCCAGUUUGGAAAAGGUUCUGUUCAUUUUUGACGGAUUGGACGAGUGUCGUUUUCCUCUAGAUUUCCAGAACACAGUGAGAGUGUGUGAUGUAACUGAAUCAGCAUCAGUGCAUGUGCUGCUGAUAAACCUGAUCAAAGGGAAUCUGCUUCCCUCUGCUCUCAUCUGGAUCACCUCUCGACCAGCAGCAGCUGAUCAAAUCCCCUCUGAGUGUGUCCAUCGAGUCACAGAGGUACGAGGGUUCAAUGACCCACAGAAGGAGGAGUACUUCAGGAAGAGAAUCAGUGAUCACAGCCUGGCCAAUAACAUCAUCACACACCUGAAGUCAUUAAGAAGCCUCUACAUCAUGUGCCACAUCCCAGUCUUCUGCUGGAUUUCAGCCACUGUUCUAGAGAGAAUGUUGGGUGAAGCAGAGAGUGGAGAGAUCCCCAAGACUCUGACUCAAAUGUACACACACUUCCUCAUAAUUCAGACAAACAUCAUAGGAGAAAAGUACUCAAAGAAGCAGGAGAGUGAUGAAGAAAUGCUUCUUAAACUGGGAAAACUGGCUUUUCAGCAGCUGAAGAAAAGGAACCUGAUCUUCUAUGAGGAAGACCUGAGAGAGUGUGGCAUUGAUGUGAGAGAAGCAGCAGUGUACUCAGGUGUGUGUACGCAAAUCUUCAGAGAGGAGUUUGGGCUUCACCAGAGUAAAGUUUACUGCUUUGUUCAUCUGAGCAUUCAGGAGCACCUCGCAGCUCUGUAUGUACACCUGACAUGCAUGAUGGAAAAGAGAGAUGUUCUUGAUCAUAAUCAGGUCUCUAAAUGGUGGAUGGAAAAAAUUACAAUCUCAGAUGUACACAAGAGUGCUGUAGAUCAGACUUUACGCAGUCAGACUGGACAUCUGGAUCUUUUCCUUCGAUUUCUUUUGGGUCUCUCACUGAAGUCCAAUCAGAAACUCUUACAGGACUUAGUAACACAGACAGGAAGUAGCUCCCAGAGCAUAGAGGAAACAGUUCAGUACAUUAAGAUGAAGAUCAGUGAAGAUCUUCCUACAGAGAAAUCCAUCAAUCUGUUCCACUGUCUGAAUGAACUGGGUGAUAAUUCUCUAGUGGAGGAAAUCCAACACUACCUGAAAUCUGGAAAACAAAGUGUAUUCUCUUCUUCACAGUUGUCUGCUCUGGUGUUUGUGUUACUGACAUCAGCACAGGAGCUGGAAGAAUUUGACCUGAAUAAAUAUACCAGUACAGAUACGAUACCAGAAACUGUUCUUCUGAAGAUGAUGCCUGUGAUUGCAGCCUCCAGAAAAGCAAUGUAAGUAAAGCUGAAUAUAACUGUUCUACUGUUACAGUGUUAGAACGAGAGAAACUGAAAACAGUUUGACAAACAUCUACUUUGGGAAAUAGAUAAAUUAGAGAUUAAAAAAUGCAUAAACAAAUGAUUAAAGAACAGGUGAAGAACAGGUAUUAAUUAAAAAGGUUCUUAAUAUUAUGAUUUAUUAUUACCACAGUAAUGCUGGUUUUAUGUUGGAUAUUUGGAAAUCUUGUGUUUUUAUUUACAUAAACCUUAGCAAUAUCACACUCACAUCUAGAAUCUUUAAUUUUAUCUUUGUAGUUUGAAGAU